GCCUGGCCUAGACCCGCCUCCGGGAACCUGGGGCCAAGAAGGGGCGGGCCUGAUUCAGUGACCCCUGGCUUCCGGGGUGGAGGCCCGCUCUCCCCACCCCGUUUUCUUUGCAUGCGAUGAUUGGCUCCGGAGCCGGCCUGCGCCGUGGCUCGUCACUUCCAGAGGCGUUGAGCCGCAGCGGAGGGGCGGAGUGGGCUGGAGAUGAGUCAGAGCCCAGCCCGGGGGGCUGACGCCGGUGCCCGGAGGAGGCCCGAGGCUGCCUCCUCCCCCUUCCCCAGGCCGUGUCCGGCUCGCCUGGGCUCCCGGCCGGUGGGCUGAUGUCGAAGGCGGUCAACUGGCCGUGAGGGACUGAAGGAUCCCGCGGCUGCUGGCGCCCAUGUCAGCGUCCUCGUCCAUGUCGGUGCCCAUGUCGGUGUCUGGGGCAGAGCAGGGCCGGGACUCUGCUGAGCCCGCUACCGCUGGGCCUGGAGCGCGGGGGACCCCUGCAGUCUUUGUGCUUCUAGAAGAGCGGAGACCCGGAGGGCCCUCGGGAAUUGGCGGCGACGGCGACGGCGGCGGCGGCGGCAGUAGCAGCAGCUCGGGCUCGCUGCUCAGCCUGAACUCUCUGCUGCCCGAGUCUGGGAUUGUGGCCGACAUCGAGUUGGAGAACGCCUUGUCUCUGACCCCAGAGAGCUUCUAUGAGCUGAAGAGUCAGCCCCUUCAAUCCAGCCUCCCUUCACAGGCAGCGCCAGCAGCCUCCUCUCAGCCUCCAGCCUCAUCAUCUUUAGUUAUGUCUUCACGAAUCCUCCUCCGACAGCAGCUAAUGAGGGCUCAAGCACAAGAACAAGAACAGAGGGAGCGCCGGGAGCGGGCAGCCUCUGGCCCUUUUCCUAGUGGGCCAGCCCCACCAGCAUCUCCAGCCAUUUCUGUGGUCCUUGGGGCUGGCCCUGGUGGCUCUCCGGGUGCAGUAGGCCUUACCCGGCCAGCCUCUGCUCAGGUGCCAGUGGAGGUACUCAAGGUCCAGACCCACCUGGAGAACCCCACUCGCUACCACCUUCAGCAGGCUCGGCGACAGCAGGUUAAACAGUACCUGUCAACUACACUUGGCCCCAAGCUUGCUUCUCAGGCCCUUACACCACCACCGCUGCCACCGCCACCGCCUGCAGAGGGCACUUCAGCAGAGAGGUCCCAGCCAGCUGCCGGAAGUGCCCCCAAUAGUCCCAUGGCCCUGCUCAAUAUAGGCUCCAGUUCAGAAAAGGAGAUUGAUGAUGUGAUUGAUGAGAUCAUCAGUUUGGAGUCCAGUUACAAUGAUGAGAUGCUUGGCUACCUGCCUGGAGGCCCUGGGGGACUUCAGCUCCCAAGCACACUACCUGUUUCUGGGAACCUGCUGGAUGUAUACAGUGGCCCUAGUGCUGUGACCCCAGCUGUCCCUGUCAGCAAUUCCUGCCCUGCUGAGCUGACCAGUAUCAAGCAAGAGAUCUCUGAGAACGAGGCAAAGGCCUUACUGAAGGAGCGGCAGAAGAAGGACAAUCAUAACCUUAUUGAGCGGCGGAGACGGUUUAAUAUCAAUGACCGGAUCAAGGAGCUGGGCACCCUGAUCCCCAAGUCCAAUGACCCGGAAAUCCGAUUGAACAAGGGAACCAUCCUCAAGGCCUCAGUGGACUAUAUCCGAAAACUGCAGAAGGAGCAGCAGAGAGCCAAGGACUUAGAGAACCGCCAGCGGGUGCUGGAGCAAGCCAACCGAAGCCUGCAGCUUCGAGUCCAGCUUUCUGCCCCUUCCAGGAACUGGAACUCCAAGCACAGAUCCACGGCCUGCCCUUGUCCCCUGCCCCCAAGGCCGAUCCAUCUGAAUGCAGCGGUCCACCCCCACUACCCCCACCUCCUGAAGCCCUCCUGGAUCUGCACUUUCCUGGGGACCCCUUGGGGGAGUUGGGCGAAGAUCCCUUCCAGCUGGGCUUGGAGGACAUUCUGAUGGAGGAGGAGGAGGCAGCGGCGGCGGGUGCGCUGGGCCCGAGUCCAGGUGGUGGGCUGUCCCCGCUGCGGGCCGCCACCGACCCCUUGCUCUCCUCAGUCUCUCCGGCCCAGUCGAAAGGAAGCAGCAGCCGCAGGAGCAGUUUCAGUAUGGAGGAGGAGUCCUGAUGAAGCCCCGCCUCCCGGGAGUCCCCUGGCGCCGACGCAGAAAUUCCCAACUCCCCCUUAACACUUCACUCCGCACUUCCCACUCCCCUUGGCGAGAUAGGGGGCGAGCCUUGGAAUGAAGGCGGGCUGCCUCCUGUCGGCCCCUCUCCUCUCCUAGGACCCGCAGGAGCCCCAUGUUAACUCUGGGGGGGUUGCCGACCGGGACGGGGGCAGCAGGGUGGGUAACGACCCGCGGGUUCUACUUCUCUUGGCAGACAAUAAAACAUGGCUAAACUUUGUUAAAA